AUGGCUGAGGAAUCGCUCCCUCGGAGGAAGGAACUGCCAGCCGGGUCCGCCGCGAGCGCCACUGACGCGCAUGCGCAGUCCGGCCGCCGGGUCCGGCGACGAGGGAGCGGCCCGACCGCGCCUUCAGAGAACUACAACCCCCGGCAUGCUCUGCGGCCGCGCGGGCGGUCCCGCCGGCGUCCGAGCCCCGCCCCGUUGGGCGGCCCCGACCCCUUGGACUAUGUUAGCAUGUACCGGAACGUGGGGAGCCCUUCCACCAACAUCCCCGAGCACUGGCACUACGUCAGCUUCGGCCUGAGCGACCUGUACGGCGACAGCCGAGUCCACGAGUUUACGGGGACGGACGGGCCCAGUGGUUUUGGCUUUGAGUUGACAUUUCGCCUGAAGAGAGAAACCGGGGAGUCUGCCCCCCCAACCUGGCCCGCCGAGCUCAUGCAGGGCCUGGCGCGAUAUGUGUUCCAGUCAGAGAACACCUUCUGCAGUGGGGACCACGUGUCGUGGCACAGCCCCCUUGACAGCAGCGAGUCGAGGAUCCAGCACAUGCUGCUGACGGAAGACCCGCAGAUGCAGCCCGUCCGGACGCCCUUUGGGGUGGUGUCCUUCCUGCAGAUCGUUGGCGUCUGCACAGAGGAGCUGCACUCGGCCCAGCAGUGGAACGGGCAGGGCGUCCUGGAGCUGCUGCGAACGGUGCCCGUUGCUGGCGGCCCCUGGCUGAUAACGGACAUGCGGAGGGGGGAGACCAUAUUUGAGAUCGACCCGCACCUGCAAGAGAGAGUGGACAAAGGCAUCGAGACAGAUGGCUCCAACCUGAGCGGCGUCAGCGCCAAGUGUGCCUGGGACGACCUGAGCCGGCCCCCCGAGGAUGACGAGGACAGUCGCAGCAUCUGCAUCGGCUCCCAGCCUCGGCGGCUCUCGGGCAAAGACACAGAGCAGAUCCGGGAGACGCUGAGGAGAGGACUCGAGAUCAACAGCAAGCCUGUCCUUCCGCCCAUCAACCCUCAGCGGCAGAAUGGCCUCACCCAUGACCGGGCUCCGAGCCGCAAGGACAGCCUGGAGAGUGACGGCUCCACAGCCCUCGUCCCCCACGAGCUGAUCCGCACACGGCAGCUUGAGAGCGUGCACCUCAAGUUCAACCAGGAGUCGGGGGCCCUCAUCCCUCUCUGCCUCAGGGGCAGGCUCCUGCAUGGACGGCACUUUACGUAUAAAAGCAUCACGGGUGACAUGGCCAUCACGUUUGUGUCUACGGGAGUGGAAGGCGCCUUUGCCACCGAGGAGCACCCCUAUGCGGCUCACGGACCCUGGCUGCAA